UGUUGUUUGUAAUAAUUAAUCGAUUUUGGCUGUUUGUCGUGACCAAAGGUGACAAUAUGUCUGAUUUGUUUUAGAAAUUGAAAGGAGCGAACAUCACGUAUAUAUAGCAGAAGAUAUUUCUGCAAUGAUGGAGCUUCUUUUUGUAUCUACGAUAUUAUACAAGUGAAAUACAUCUUCAUUACAACAUACAAACGAAGCUCUAUUUUCAAGCGUCCAAUAUAAAUCUAUUACGCACGACACAAUGCCUUCUGUUCUUUUGGUCGGUGCAACGGGAAUGGUGGGAGCCUCGCUCUCGCGACAGCUAAAGGAAAUAUAUCCUGCCUGGCCCCUUACUGUGUACUUCCGGAAUCCCGUGGCGGACGAUUGGUUUCGCAAUGUUGUGCAUGCAGACAGAAUUGAACACGGAACCUUCGAGGAGGCACCCAAAGUCAGUGCUCUGGCUGCUGAGCAUGACAUUGUGAUCAAUGCUGGAUCCUCAUUUGACCCUACGCUGUCCAAAGCAAUUAUUGAAGGUUUGAAGCAAAGGAAAGGUUCAAAGAAAGGAACCCUCAUUCACGUUAGUGGUGGUGGAAAUUUCAUCGACCAUCGAACAGAUGGAAAGUUCAGCACAACUAGCAAAGUUUGGAAUGAUGCAAAUGAGGAUGAUAUCAAACAAGUCAACUCGAGCAUGCUCAACGGAGCCGCGGAUCGACUUAUCCUGGAUGCUGGAAAUGAGGGCAGCAUCAAUACCUUUAUCGUAUGCCAGGCAUUGACCUACGGAACGGCCGAGGGACCCUUGCCUUCGCUAGGUAUUGGAUAUAAAAUCCUUACCGGAAAUGCCCAGUCUGUUGGAUUUGUCCCAUAUGUGGGUGAAGGUAGUGCGGUCCUCAGCGUAAUUCACAUAAAUGACGCUAUUAAUUUUAUUCUGAAGAUUGUGGAUGUAGCAGUGACUCAAGAGGUUACUGGUUCUGCAGAAAGCCGGUACUAUAUCAUCUAUGGAGAGAGAGUUUCCUGGAAGGACUUGGCCACGGCAUUGGCCAAAACACUGCAUAAAAAGGGUGUCUUCUCUUCCCCGGAACCACGCAGCGUGCCUCUCGAGCAGGCAGGCCAGGGAGAAAUCCCUAAACUUCUAGGAUCCAAUAUGCUUGUGCAAGGCGACCGAGCUGAAGCGCUCGGAUUCAAAGCUACUGCUAAACCGAUGGUGGAGCAUAUUACUGAGGACCUUGAGUCAUACACUUUCUAGAGCCGGAGACAACUUAAAGCUGGCAGUUACAGUACAAGACGCGAAAAGUUACCCGACAUCGAUUUGACAGGGGAUGAUGUCUUGUCAUAGACUUUUUAACAACGAGC